GGCACGAUUGCGAACGGACCUUUCCCGCAACAUAAUUGGGAACAUUUUUACCUGAUUUUUUUCUUCGGCCUUGUCAGAUUUGGUGUUAGGCUCGGUCCACACCAAAGAAGAGUCCGGUGGCAGUGUGCACGUGGUACCACAAUAAAAUUAGAAUGUGAUAAAAUGUGCACAUCGCAUCACCAUCACUGUUUUGGACUGCUUUGAUGGAUGUAUACAUUAAAAUGUGUGUCUCUAGCACUUUCAGUAGAAUCCAGGAGAGACCGAGUGAUAAUUAAUCAGAUGGAAUCUCUUGCGGAUAUGUUUCGAAUGGAAUUCCAAAAUGAUAUGAAUGCUGUAAACACUGAUUUAAAAUAUUCAAAACAAUAUAGAAUUACGAAAUAUUUCGUUAAAGAUUUGGAGAAUGUUCCUUUAAAAUAUAGGUACACAAAAAAAUGGUCAGAAGUAGAGGUUCCCGUUUAUUCACAUAGUGAUCGGCUCAUUAAUGAAAUUAACAUUGCAUUUUCAAUGUGUGCACAGCGAUUUAUUACGGACCCAAUGCAUAGUGUUUAUCAUUAUGGAUGGAAUAACUAAGUAAUUACAUUAGAUUGCUAAACAUAAACAUGGUAAAAUAUAAUUCGCGAGCACGAGGUA